AUGCUGAUCAAUGUACCUGAAGAUGUCAUCCAUUCAAACAUGAAACAUUUAUUAAUGAACAGAUCAAGUGACAUCACAGAUGGCAACAUUGAUCUUCGAACUUUAUUUAUUUGGCUAUGGAAAAAUCCAAACAUGAGAGAAUUGAUUUUUACUAACAUUAGUGACCGUUGGAUUCCACAUACAAAUAUCGAACUUUUUGCUCAAAAGAUUACACAACGUGAAAUGCCAUGUAAUCCUUAUCUAUAUAUUGGUAGGCCCACAUGUGGCGUUAGUGAAAUCAAGAUCAUACAUAACAAUUUGCAAUAUAUCACGUUGGAAUUGGGAGGUGACAGAUAUCAAAGGAGAAGGUGGAUACAUUGCUUUGAAAAAGUUCAUUGUUUUGUUGUGGUUGCAUCGUUAACGGAUUUCACUGACCCCUAUUGGUUCGACGAGAGUCUUGCAUAUUAUGCUAUGCUUUGUGACAACAAGUGGACAUGUGGCAAAAGAAUUGUUUUAGUAUUGUCAAAGGUGGAUAUUUUGGUCAACAAAUUGCGGAACGGGAGCAUUGCUUAUAAUAGACAGCUUAAUACCGUCGUUCGAAAAGAACUGGCACACGUCGAAAAUGACUGUCAACAACGAAUUAUCAUUAAUUCAAUCAUUUCUGAAUAUUUCCAAAUCUAUAAUAGCAAGACGAGUAGAAAAUGGGCAUUUGAGUAUCACAUUGCGAAUUUAGUUUCUCCUGUGGAUUCAAAACAGUUGAAGAGACGAAUUUUUAACGAUGUACAACCUGAGACUCCUUAUAUUUCUGACUCUCUGUCACCCAACUUUAUUCAUUUACAUUUAACAAAGCAUUGUAAUGGCAGCUUACCUCGAUUUUGUGACAUCGUGAUGGUCACAAAACUAGUGAAAACGAUUACUAAUAAAUAA